UGAGUACACAGCAUAAUUUCUAGUUAUUUCAUGAAAAUUAAUAAUUUAAUCGAAAUAAGUGUUAUUUAUAAUAUAUGUUAAUAAGAACGUUAAAUAAUACACGUGAACAUUUUCUAACAGAUAUAUUAUAUAUACUAUCAUUAAACAAUUGUUUUCGUUCCUAAAAUAAAAACUAUGAUGUAAUUAUAUGAAUUUAACUAUUAAAUCCAUAAGUUAAAAUACCAUGGAGGUUUUGUUAUUAAAAUCCAUGCUGUUUGCUUGUCAAUGGUCAGUAAUAGUUAUUAAAUCAUAAAAUGGGUGCAAAUAUAUCACAAUUAGAGAGAGAUAUUGGCUCUGAUCAAUUUCCUCCCAAUGAACAUUAUUUUGGAUUAGUUAAUUUUGGAAAUACCUGUUAUAGCAAUUCUGUAUUACAAGCUUUGUAUUUUUGUCGACCAUUUAGAGAAAAAGUUUUAGAGUACAAAGCUAGAAAUAAGAGAACCAAGGAAACAUUAUUAACAUGCUUAGCUGAUUUGUUCUAUAGUAUUGCAACUCAAAAAAAGAAAGUUGGAUCUAUAGCUCCAAAAAAGUUUAUUGCCAGAUUAAGGAAAGAAAAAGAGGAAUUUGAUAAUUACAUGCAACAAGAUGCACAUGAAUUUUUAAACUUUUUAAUAAAUCAUAUAAAUGAAAUUAUUUUAGCAGAGAGAAGUCAAAGUAAACCAGCAGGAGGAAAAUGUGGUGCAGGUGAUGCUGGUUCACCACCAGAACCUACAUGGGUUCAUGAAAUAUUUCAAGGAAUUCUGACAUCAGAAACACGUUGCCUUAAUUGUGAGACUGUAUCUAGCAAAGAUGAGGAUUUUUUUGAUUUACAAGUUGAUGUAGAUCAAAAUACUUCAAUCACACACUGCCUCAGAUGUUUUUCAAAUACUGAGACACUUUGUAGUGAUAACAAAUUCAAAUGUGAUCAUUGUAGUAGUUAUCAAGAAGCUCAGAAACGAAUGAGAGUUAAAAAAUUACCAAUGAUAUUAGCAUUGCAUUUAAAGAGAUUUAAAUAUGUGGAACAAUAUAAUCGUCACAUCAAGGUUUCUCAUAGAGUAGUUUUUCCUUUAGAACUUCGGUUAUUCAAUACUAGUGAUGAUGCAGUGAAUCCAGAUAGAUUAUAUGAUUUGGUAGCAGUUGUAAUACAUUGUGGAAGUGGGCCUAAUCGAGGACAUUAUAUUUCCAUAGUUAAAAGCCAUGGAUUUUGGUUGCUUUUUGAUGAUGACAUGGUUGAUAAAAUUGAUGCAUCUACAAUAGAAGACUUUUAUGGACUUACGUCCGAUAUUCAGAAAAGUUCUGAAACUGGCUAUAUCUUAUUCUAUCAAUCAAUAGAUUGUAAUUAGAACUUAAUAUAAAUAUAUAGUAAUUAAAAUAAAUAAAUUCUAUAUGGUAAUUUCGUAUCUUAUUGAAAUAUAGUGUAUAAAAAUUAAAAUUAUAUAUUAGAUUAUUUAUAAAAAUAAAAUAUAAUUAAUUAUGUAUAUCUGAUUUGUAAAAUAUAGAAAAAAUUAGUUUCA